UUUGGGAAUUGAUUAAAGAGAAACUCAUUUUUCCCUACAUGGAAUUGGAUCUACAUAGCUAUGAUUUAGGCAUAGAGAAUCGUGAUGACACCAACGACCAAGUCACCAAGGAUGCUGCAGAAGCUAUAAAGAAGUAUAAUGUUGGUGUCAAAUGUGCCACUAUCACUCUGACGAGAAGAGGGUUGAGGAGUUCAAGUUGAAACAAAUGUGGAAAUCACCAAAUGGCACCAUAAGAAAUAUUCUGGGUGGCACGGUCUUCAGAGAAGCCAUUUUCUGCAAAAAUAUCCCCUGGCUUGUGAGUGGAUGGGUAAAACCUAUCAUCAUAGGUCAUCAUGCUUAUGGGGAUCAAUACAGAGCAACUGAUUUUGUUGUUCCUGGGCCUGGAAAAGUAGAGAUAAGCUACACACCAAGUGACGGAACCCAAAAGGUGACAUACCUGGUACAUAACUUUGAAGAGGGUGGUGGUGUUGCCAUGGGGAUGUAUAAUCAAGAUAAGUCAGUUGAAGAUUUUGCACACAGUUCCUUCCAAAUGGCUCUGUCUAAGGGUUGGCCUUUGUAUAUGAGCACCAAAAACACUAUUCUGAAGAAAUAUGAUGGGCGUUUUAAAGACAUCUUUCAGGAGAUAUAUGACAAGCAGUACAAGUCCCAAUUUGAAGCCCAAAAGAUCUGGUAUGAGCAUAGGCUCAUCGACGACAUGGUGGCCCAAGCUAUGAAAUCAGAGGGAGGCUUCACCUGGGCCUGUAAAAACUAUGAUGAUGACAUGCAGUCAGACUCUGUGGCCCAAGGGUAUGGCUCUCUCGGCAUGAUGACCAGCGUGCUGGUUUGUCCAGAUGGCAAGACAGUAGAAGCAGAGGCUGCCCAUGGGACUGUAACCCGUCACUACCGCAUGUACCAGAAAGGACAGGAGAUGUCCACCAAUCCCAUUGCUUCCAUUUUUGCCUGGACCAGAGGGUUAGCCCACAGAGCAAAGCUUGAUAACAAUAAAGAGCUUGCCUUCUUUGCAAAUGCUUUGGAAGAAGUCUCUAUUGAGACAAUUGAGGCUGGCUUCAUGACCAAGGACUUGGCUGCUUGCAUUAAAGGUUUACCCAAUGCGCAACGUUCUGACUACUUGAAUACGUUUGAGUUCAUGGACAAACUUGGAGAAAACUUGCAGAUCAAACUAGCUCAGGCCAAACUUUAAGUUCAUACCUGAGCUGAGAAGGAUAAGUGUCUUUUGGUAACUAGGUCUACAGGUUUACAUUUUUCUGUGUUACACUCAAGGAUAAAGGCAAAAUCAAUUUCGUAAUUUGUUUAGAAGCCAGAGUUUAUCUUUUCUAUAAGUUUACAGCCUUUUUCUUAUAUAUACAGUUAUUGCCACCUUUGUGAACAUGGCAAGGGACUUUUUAAAAAAUUUUAUUUUAUUUUCUAAUACCAGCCUAGGAAUUCGGUUAGUACUCAUUUGUAUUCACUGUCACUUUUUCUCAUGUUCUAAUUAUAAAUGACCAAAAUCAAGAUUGCUCAAAAGAGUAAAUGAUAGCCACAAUAUUGCUCCCUAAAAUAUGCAUAAAGUAGAAAUUCACUGCCUUCCCCUCCUGUCCAUGACAUUGGGCACAGGGAAGUUCUGGUGUCAUAGAUGUCCCAUUUUGUGAGGUAGAGCUGUGCGUUAAACUUGCACCUGACUGGAACAAAGUAUGAGUGCAACUCAAAUGUGUUGAAGAUACUGCAGGCAUUUUUGUAAAGAGCUUGCUGAAUGUUUCCAAUAGACUAAAUAUUGUUUAGGCCGCAGGAGAGUUUGGAAUCCGGAAUGAAUACUACCUGGAGAUUUGUCCUCUCCAUUUGUCUCUUUCUCCUCCUGGCCUGGCCUGAAUAUUGUGCUACUCUAAAUAGCAUAUUUCAUCCAAGUGCAAUAAUGUAAGCUGAAUCUUUUUUGAACUUCUGCUGGCCUGUUUUAUUUCUUUUAUA